GGUAGCUGGAGGGUUUCUCUGUAGCGAUAGAUUUGUGUGACAUUACAGGUGGAUAAAGGACGAUGUAAUGGUUCAGACGAUCGUACAGGAAACAUGGACUUGUGUUUUCUGCGUGGGCUCCUUUUGGUCGCCCUGACGGAGUGGACACUAGGACACGAUGGACAGGUGACGUUUGUAUCCGAGCUCUCGUCCAAACCGGCUCAGAAGUUGUCAAAGUACGGUUGGUAUGGCAACGUGAGGCUGCAGAGGUUUCAUAUACCAGAGGAAACCGCCAUCGCUCGCUGGCUGUUCUCCGUCACCAAGGGCCAUAACUUCCACUGUGGACAGCACAAUGUCACUAUCCAUAUUCAGUAUGGUGCCCCUCCAGUUAUAAACCCAACAGGCACGGUGUUUCCCAAUGCAACACAAUGGAGCCCCUGUCUGUCUCUGAUCCUGCCAGUGACGUCACACAGCGCCACGACCUUUAACCUCUCCAAUCCUGCUCCUGGUGACUGGUAUGUUGGUGCCCACUUACCUGAAGAUGAUGGGCGCAUCGAGCAGAAGGGCUUUCCAUCUUGCUCAUACUUCUUCCAGCCUCAGCUGUCAAUCAGGAGAGCUGUGGACACGCCUAUUUUACAGCAGGGCACAUUCCUCCAGCAGACUGCAGCUCCUGACAGACCUGCACGCCUUAAGUUGUAUGUUCCUGAGUUUGCCUCGUCUCUCUCCAUCUCUGUGUCUGACUGUUGGUCAGAGGAGGGAGCAGACGGUGGGAACUGUUCCCUGGUCCUCCGGCUGGGCUCCGUCUCUCUGCAGCAGGGCCCGGUCAUAAUGAACUGCUCAGGGAUCAGCUGCUCUGCUCCUCUCUCUAACCCACCUUGGAACACCUGGUUACGGAUCGUUGUGGAGAGCAGCCUUGACAACCGCACUGUUUCCUUUAGCAUCGUCUCCAACUACACAGUGGGAUGUAAGCCAAAAAGUGUCGGCCUUAAAGUAGAUGAUGACGUCAACAAGCUCCGUGGCAACAGCAGCAAUAAUAACGCCACAUCAGCAGGCAACAACUCCUCGAUGUCAGAGGCCGCCUCCUUCAACGAAACAGAGUCACAGUUAACACCCUUGUUGCCGUCGGCGUGUGUGUGGAGCAUCCCCGUGCUCUACGAGGAGCUGGACGUCCUGUCGCUCCGAUACACUCCCGUCAACGGGCCCAACGUCAGCGUAGCAGACACACACCCCACUCUGCUCAGCUACCCGCUGUACACACAAGCCACCGGGGGAACACUCAACCUACAGCUCACACUCAACACCACUAAUGUAACCCUGGGAAACGGCAGCAGUGUGGUGGCCUGUCUCUCUCCCUGGGCUCCAGUCCUCCAACUCAACCACUCUCAACCCUGUCGCACAGCUUUGUUUGGAGGCUACGGUGUUCGUGUGAACACCAGCGUACCUAAAGCUGUGGUCAGGCUGCCUUUCCCUCAGUCCACAACAUGGUACCUCACCCUGCAGCUCACAUGCAACAGCAGUGACUGUGGUAACUCAUCAUUGGUGUCCGUGGUCCCAGAAGUGUUUAUCAGUGCCUGUGUGGAGGAUUGUGGGACAUACGGUGAAUGUAGACUGCUGAGAUCCUACAGCUACCUGUAUGCUGCCUGUGUCUGCAAAGCUGGCUGGAGCGGUUGGGGCUGCACCGAUGACUCGACGGCUCAGUCGUACUGUCGCCAACUGACUGCAACGAUGCUGCUCACGUUCAGUAACCUGGCCUUCCUGCCCGCCAUCGUGGUGGCCAUCAGGCGCUGGUACAUCACCGAGGCCUCCGUCUACCUCUUCACCAUGUUCUUCUCCACGUUCUACCAUGCAUGUGACCAGCCAGGUGUAGCCGUAAUGUGUAUAAUGGACUACGAUACCCUCCAGUACUGUGACUUCCUGGGGUCGGUCUGCGCCAUCUGGGUCACCAUCCUGUGCAUGGCUCGGAUCAGAGACACAUUCAAAUAUACUCUGUUCAUGCUCGGGGCUCUGCUGAUCGCCAUGUCCAUGCAGCUGGACCGCAAAGGCCUGUGGAACCUGCUGGGCCCCGUCCUCUGUGCCAUUCUCUUCAUGGUCUCUUCCUGGGUGUACCGAGGAGUGCAGCGCCGACACUGUUACCCACCUUCUUGGAAACGCUGGGUCCUCUUCCUCCUUCCCGGAGCAAUCUGUGCCCUCAUCGGAGUAUGUUUGUACAUUUUUGCCGAGACCGAGCACAACUAUUACUACACACACUCGCUGUGGCACAUCCUGGUGGCCACCUGCGUGGUGUUCCUGCUGCCGCCGAAGGAGAAGAACAGGGAGUCUUUGGGCUGGAGCCGGGGCUGGAGCUGGAACUGGAGCUGGAGACCCCGCGUUUGUGGGUACACACUCUGUCAGAGCGAUAAGGAUGAACUCUAUACUGUCACAUAGUAGGACAGGAGACGCUGUAAGAAAGCAAAGUGACUAGGCAUUGAUUGUUAAACAACAACUGCAAACAUUCACAUAAGGGAAAAAGACAGGUGUUUCAAGUUUCUUAAUAUCUUGAACAAAUUUUAAAAUCCUAUCUAGACCUAUAUUCUCAUAGGUCUACUGUUUUCAUGUUCACAUUUACAGACUGUUCUAGUAUUAUAAUUCUUAUAUUUGAAUAAAAAAGUUAAAUUAGCUUGCAGACAUCCUAAAAUACACACAAAUACACACACAUACACAUCUUAUUUUACCCAAAUCGAACCUGCUGAAACCUCCAAGGUGGUCCAUUGCACCAGCUUAGGUAUGAUUCAUAGACUGUAUAAAAGUGGUGGAUGUAGUCACCAUGACCCUUGAGAUCUUGGUUUCCUUUACUAUGCACAGGUGCAUCUCAAUAAAUUAGAAAAUCAUAGAAAAGUUAAUUUAUGUCAGUGAUUCAAUUCAAUAAAUGGAAAUAACGCAUUAUAUAGAUCCAUUACACACAGAAUGCAACAUUUCAUGUCUUAAUUUAUUUAAUUUCUUCUAAUUAUAAUGAUUAUGGCUUACAUUUAAUGAAGACCUAAAAUUAAAAAAAAAAUAAUAUUACUGAAGACCAAUUUUAAAAAGUAUGUUUAAUAUGGAAAUGUUAGCCUCUGAAAAGUUUGUCCAUCUAUAUGACUCAAUACUUGGUUGGGGCUGUUUGACUUGAACUACAGGAAAUUUACUUUUCCAUCAUAUUCUAAUUUAUUGAGAUGUGUUCAGCCUGCAGGAUCGGCUCAGGGUCGUGUGUUUACGUAUGACACAACCCAUUAUGAUUGGCUCUGUGUGUGUUUGUGUGUGUGUGUGAAACAUACACUGUGUGAAGUGUGUUUUGAUUGGCUGUACUCUGGAAAGAGUGUUCACCUACUCCUGUCCUACUGUGCUGUGAUUGGCUAAUACUUGCUGCGUAGAUGCGUCAUUUCUACCGGUCGCUAAAUUAGUUUUAAAUCAAAAUUCAACGACUUAAUGCUUCAUCUUUACACCCCUGUCACAGCGUAGGAAAACAGUGUUAUCACCAUGUGAGUGAUGACGUUCAGCUUAUUUUCUGUGACUAGUUUAGCAUAAAAACAUGGUGGAAUUAGCCAGCUAGCUCACAAACUAGCCAGAUGCUAAAUUAGUCAUACAUUCAUACUGCCUGCUCAUUUUUUUUUUUUUUUAAAUAUGACUAUACAGUCAUGGAAAAAAAAAUUAGACCACCAUUGUUUUCUUCAAUUUCUUGUUCAUUUUAAUGCAUGGCACAACUAAAGGUACAUUUGUUUGGACAAAUAUAAUAACAACAAAAAUAGCUCAUAAAAGUUUAAUUUAAGAG